GAAUGCAUCAACAAAUAAAAAUUCCACCACCAUCACAAAAUGGCAAAUAUUCCAGAAUUCGAUAUUGAUAUCUUUUCGAACUCAGGAGGAGAUCAACCAUUGCAGAAAACAAAACAGAUCUCAGAACCCGUCGCGAACACAGGCACAAUGCCUUUACAGAAUUCAAUUGAUCUUCCCAUUUUACCAGGACCUCCUUCGAGUACACCAAUUGGUCCUAGAACUCAGACACGAACAGCACAAUAUGGAAUGCCGCAGAGAACACAGAUAGACAAUCAGAGCCAUUAUAGCAAUUACAACCAGAAGAAUGAUAGGAACCAUGCGACCCGACCGCCAAUUUCACACAGAGGUCGCGGCGUUCGUGGCAUGUCCCGACAGAUUCGGCAUACGAAAGAAAAGAUAUUUUGCCCUAGGUGCUUGAAAGACGACCAUAAGCUCAAAGAUUGCGUCAACUGUUCCCACGAUGGAUAUAUGGACGGUUGUCCAAAAUGCGGGACACUUGACCACCAAUUUUUCGAAUGUCAUAUGUCAUUGAAACCAAACGAAGAAUAUCAUUUUACAAGACAUUGUAGGAGAAAUAGACCACCUUGGAGAUUGAGGAAGGAUCACAGAGAUUGCCGAAAAAUACUUGAUGGCAAAGAUAUGAGCGAACCUGAUGACAUACCCUGGACGGCUGCGUUUUCAAAGAGAAACAUCAACAGCGUCCUGCCAAGAACAGUCGUAGAUCCUGCCUGGCAGAAUUACGACUCAGUACCAAUGCAGAUAUCAGAGUCACAGCAGCAUCAUAUCCCGGGGUUCUCCACACAAUGGAGUUGGGAUAGGACAAAGUUCACUACGCCACCCAAGAAACCAAGUUCACUUGGUCAAUUUCGAAGACCAUCCAACCAGAAUCAAGAGGAUGAAUAUGAUGGAAGCUAUUACGCAGAUGAUGAAGUUCCUGGGUACAUUCCCGAUGGAACAGAAGAUGAUACUGAUUGGCCGUCAAAGGACUUGGUCGUUAGAGAGUGGACGAUGAGACAAGAAAAGGUUAGAAAAAGUAUUCCAAGACUGCGAGCACAGCCCCCACCGUCCUCAACUCAAGCUGUCAAUAUCAGUAUCAAGAAAAGAGGGAUUAGUAUCACGAGUGGUGAUGCUCGCAUACAGAUCAAUGUUGACGGUAACGAAACAUUUGAAAGUACACCAGAAACAGAAACCUUCGAAGUAGCGCGUAAGCGUACAUCAAAUGAGGCAGCAUUAGAAGAAUCUAGCCGCAAAAAGUUCCGUCCCAUGGAAGAUGCCUCUAUAGAUGUGAACCUACUUAAUCGGGUCAAAGAUCGAGUCAGCCUAAAUCAAACUAGGUUGGAUUUUAUGGAUGUUGAUUCCACAGAACCAUCCCGUAUAGAACCGAUAGCACCACGUCGUCGCAUGCCGGGGUCAGAAAGCAUAGAACCACCGCGCAGGCGUUUACCAGGUUCCGAAAAUAUAGAACUCAAUGAGCGAGAUAGGCAGAGGCAACCUGACACCAUCAAGUAUCGAGCUGGUAUAAUGGGCGACUAUCAGGUGUACAAAAAAUGCAUCAAGUGUGGUAGCACCGAGCACCUAUCAUACCAGCCGGCUUGCCCACUCCAUAGGUCAAACCAAAAGUAAAGUCAGUGGAUGGUUGGACUAUUCCUCAUUGGAGGAAGGGGGAUAUGGUUAUGGAACGUUCUUAUUUGAGAAUGGAAGACAUGUAAAGUUUAAUCUCAUUGGAGAAUCUAGGUGAGGGCAGUGGUUAUAGCUGGAAUAUGUUCUCAUUGGAGAAUGAAAGGGAAUAUGGUGAACUGAGGGCCAAACGAAAAUUGAAGUUCUCAUUUGAGAAUGAGCUUGUACCCUUUCAUUCUCAUUUGGGAAUGUAGUAAAGAUGGCGGUUCGAGAGGCGGUUGUGAGGAGAUGACGUUGAUUUUUAGUGAAUGUGGGGCAUGCAAACAUUAUGUAAUGCAAUGCAGCUGAUAUGUAAGCGCCCUACA